CUGUCUUCAUGGCCCAGAGUGCGGAUGAAGUUGAAGUCCACACAAGGUCGGCAGAGGCCACUCCAGAGACCCAUGCAGGGCGUGUCCUCGAGCCGAGUCCGCAAACAGAAACAAGGGAAGAGCUCGCCUCGUCGCUUGCUCGACCACCUCUUCCGAAGCUUCAGAUAGCGAUUCUGCUCCUUGUUAACCUCGCAGAACCCAUCACAGCCUAUGUCAUCUACCCUUUUGUCAAUCAGCUUGUGCGACAGACGGGAGUCACGGGAGGGGACGAGAGCAAGACUGGAUACUUUGCUGGGCUUAUCGAUUCCAUUUUCUACGCCGUCGAAUGCACGACCAUCCUCCAGUGGGGACGCGCGUCGGAUCGAUUCGGCCGGAAGCCAAUUAUCCUUGUCGGUCUGUUCGGACUCUCGCUUUCCAUCCUCUCGUUCGGUGUCUCUCUGCAAUUCUGGCAGCUCGUGCUCAGCCGGUGCGCGGAAGGUGCUCUCAAUGGUAAUGUGGGCGUCGUGAAAUGCGCCAUGGCAGAGUGCACGCAGGGUGACCCGGCCAAUAUGGCUCAAGCGUUCGCGCUGUUGCCCAUGGUAUGGACGCUGGGAGUGACAAUUGGGCCAAUAGCGGCCGGUGUCCUGUCACUUCCUGCAGAGCGAUGGCCAACGACGAUCGGACGCUCAAAGUUCUUCCAGCACUAUCCUUACUUCUUACCAUGCUUGUUUGCUUCAGUGGUGUCGGCCAUAGCUUUCGUGGUGACCCUAGUACUCCUGAAAGAGACCUCGCCUCGUAAGGCACUCUCGCAUAAAGCGGUAUCGAAGAACGUCGAAAAGGCUGAAGCAGGAGAGAAUGUUAUCGUCGCUCCCCGCUCGAAUGCUCCAUCUCCCAACCUCCAAAACGCCACUGAAGCUGACGAUUCGCCCGACCUUCGGGAUCUCCUCAUCCGGCCUAUCCUCAUUCCCAUCGCAAACUACGCCUUCCUCGCGUUCACGGACAUGUGCUUGUCAGUCCUCCAGCCUCUGAUGUUCUCUACCUCCAUUUCCUCCGGCGGCCUAUCUCUCUCCACGUUCGAGAUCGGCAUUAUCAUUGGCGUAUGGGGCAUCAUCACUGGCGCGUUCCAGGCUGUGUGUUUCCCAAUCCUGCUGCGGCGCGUGGGGCCGCGGACGUUGUACACGGCGAGCUACGUGUGCUUCUUCGUGGCGUUCGCGAUGUUUCCGCUUAUGAGCUUCCUGGCGAAACGCGCGGGUAGAAUGGAUGCUGCGACGUGGGCUGUACUGGUGAUGCAGUUCGUCAUGUACGGGGCCGCAUAUUGCACAUAUGGGUGUAUAUUCAUCUAUAUUACGAACGGUGCGCCGAACAAGGAAGCGUUGGGCGCGACAAACGGGCUUGCGCAGAUGACGGCGUCGUUUAUACGAGCGAUCUCGCCGUCGACGGCAACCUCGCUAUUCGCUGCGUCUGCGCAAAACAAUAUCGCCGGAGGGACGAUUGUGUAUUGGAUCAUGUGCUUUGUAGUGGUGCUAGGGACUCUUUGCGCGUUACAACUACCAAGGCAGUUUCAGAGGGUAUAAUGUCGAGUCGAGCAGGGUAGAUCCAGAUUCUGACUUGCUGUGUCCUUUACACUGAGCACAGAAAUACAUGCAGAGUGUAUCAUGGAACGUAAGAAAGGAAAGCAGUGGACGCG